GUGUGCAUUUCUGACUGUUUUGCAUUAGGAUACACGGUGGUACUUACAUAUAUUACAUCAAGUAAUGUCUCAUGUUAUGUACAUUGUCUAAGCUCAUACUACCAGUAUUACUGUAUAUUAUGUGUGAACCAUAUGAAACCAUAUUUGCACAUAUGCACUCAUUAUAAACAUGACAUGUUGACCUAGUACCAAUGCACCGUCCCGUGGUAUCUUUUGCAUUACAGUGGAGUAUUAAUCAUAUGUACUUAUACUACCUUUACUAUUAUUACAUGUAGUGUUGUUAUGUACAUGUAUAUAUUUUUUCCUGUUUGUAUUUCUGACUGUUUUGCAUUAAGACACACGGCGAUGGUACUUACAUGUAAUACAAAGGGAAACCUUUUUUCAAAGCGAGAUGAUCUUGAAUUUGCUAACAUCUCCACGAACUUCACAGUCAUGGAUGAAUGUGAAAGAUUGUACACUUGUCCGAAGACGUCACAAUACGUCUUCUUUGUCGGGGACCCAGAAAAGGACGAGGUAUUAUACCGAAAGAAUUACUUCACCGAUGUCUGCAGAUACGUCCAAGAACUUGUUGACUGUGGAAAAGAACUUAAUAUACAUGAUCUUCCAGAGUGUACAGCCGAAAGAGAUUUUCUUACAUUUUAUGAAGAAACAGAUACCAAUUUCUGCAAAAAUCCAAUUUUUCCACUAAUACAAGGUUUACGACAGUGUUAUAACAAGCGGUACCAACAGCUUGAAAUAUACAGGAAGACGUUACUCAACCUGACGAGUUCCAUUGAAAAUAACAGAAACACGAAUGAUGGUCUGUCUGAAAAUCUUUUCUGCAAAUCAUACAACCAGCUUUUGGAUCAAAUAUUGGAAGAGUUUCAGAAGUGCCCGGAUGUUGAGUUUCAGUGGACGAAUGAGAACAUCGAUAUAUAUAGGACAAAUUUCUACCCGGCGUUAACGGGGAAACCCUUGCCUUUCCAGUGCAUUGAUCCUGAAAGUGAUAAACCAAAUAGUUAAUGAUUUCUAAUCAACAAAGAGCGUAUAUCCAUGAACUGUCUAACGUUUUUAUAUUUACAAAUCUCAGCAUGCAUGUACGAACAUACAUGAAUAUGUAGUACAUAGUUGUAUUCUUUGUCACAGCAGCCCUUUUUUCUCUUAAUAAAGAAGUGGCUUCAUCUCGA